UCAUGAAUAACGCCAUUAGCCGUGAAGACAUAAAAUGAAUUCUGGGUAAAAUUGUGAGUGUCGUACUUUUUUGUGGACUUGUAUUUCUAAUAAUCAUUAAUUUAUAUUUGUCUUUCGAUAAUCUACAACUUUGAAUUUUUAGUGAGCAUUGAAUCCAUCAAAAAGGCAACAUGAUCGAUCUCACGGUGAAGACCUUGGAUUCACAAAACCACGCUUUUUCAUUAAAUGACGACAUUACCGUCAAACAGUUCAAAGAUCGAAUUGCAGAAACCAUAAACAUUCCUGCUAGUACACAACGACUUAUUUAUUGUGGUAGAGUUCUUCAAGAUGAAAAACUUUUAAAUGAAUAUGAUGUAAAUGGCAAAGUCAUACACUUGGUACAGAGAGCCCCACCUUCAGUCACUCAAAGGAGUAGCAAUGCUAGUCAGAGCCAGGGACAAAGUCAGGCUUCAGGGGGAGAAGGAGGAGGCUGGUCACAACUUCCACGAAUUCACUAUCGACAAUUUCAUGGAAAUCCGAUGUAUGUAAGCUCAGUUUCAAUCCCCAGCGACGUUUUAGAAGGCCGUGAGUGGCUUGUACGACCCAAUACACCCAACAAUGGAGUUCGUCGUCAUAUUACUGUAAUUCGUCAAAUGUUAAACCAAGCUAAUUCAAUCAUUGAUCGUUUAGAUAAUACUCCAAGUGCUCCUGAAGCUAAUUUGGAAAACAUAUCACAAUCUGAUGAAACACCACGAGAAACAUCUGAUGUUGAAACAGAUGGAGAAAGAAGUGAACUUCCAGUAUCUGGAGUUAACAUUGCUCUUGCUAGAGUUCAUAAUGAUGGUACACUUGAACCAAUUCUUGUAUCUAUGAACGCAGCUCAAUCUAGCCAAACAGAUCAACAACCGCAACAGCCACAACAACAACCGCCACAAGAAACUUCACAACAGUCAACCGCUUUUAAUGAAGAAUUGAAUGAUCAGACUGAAAGUACUGAUGCUCUUAUUCCACGCGUAUUAGCAGAACUGUUGGAAAAACUAUUAACCACUCAAGAGCGAUUAAAUCCUUAUAUUAGAGAUCGACUUCUUGCAACUCGAAAUUUACCAGAAUUGGUAGAAGAUGCUGCUCUUGCAAGAGAAAAUCAACAAGUUUUUGAUCGUGUUACAGAAUGUUUACACUGUUUGUCACAUGCUCAACAUGCUUUGAGUAAUUUAACUAUUGAUAUGCGACAAUCCCCAAGAUUAUUACGUUGUCGACCUAUGAGUAUUAAUUCUCCACCUAUGUUGCAAGCUGGCGUUCCUAUUCAAGUAGAAGCGCAUAUCAGUUUACAUGGCCAGAAUGACAAUCCCAACUUUGAUGAUAACAAUAGUGCAACAAGAACUGACACACAAUCUACAGAAACACCAACUUCUACGAAUGCUGAGACAAGUACUUCAAGAACUACGUCAUCAACAUCAUCACAGCCACAAUCUGCUUCUGAUCAACAAAAUACUAAUUCUACUAAUUCCCAACAACAGCAUCAAUCAAAUUCUCCACUUGGGACACUUUUUAAUAUUUCAAAUAAUGUAGAAGUUGUAAUGGAAAUGGGUUCCCAAUUUGGCCGAGCUUGGGAUUUCGCAACAAACAGUCAAAAUCGUCCUUCCAACAGUAAUAAUACGAAUAACUCCACCAACAAUAACAAUAAUGAAAACGGCAGUAAUAAUAACAAUACCAACAGUAAUUCCAGUACCAAUACUAAUACGAACCGUGAAUUUGGUGACAAUCAAUCGUGGGCAAGUGGACAAUCACCAGAUACAAUUCGAAACUUCGUGCAAAUAAUAGCUGGUUACAUGGCCCAACAUGGACUUUCAAUACCUAUUCCAGUGCGAUCUACUCCAACUCCUAUAACUCAAGGUUCUGCUCGCCGUCGAACAGUUGCAGUUGCAUUUGCUGAAUCACCUAACUCUGGUCAAAAUUCUCAAACACGCGGCAACACCGAAACUCAUCCAACAACUUCAACACAGACACGUACAACUCCUCGGACACAUAUGUUCCAUCAACGUGGACAAGCACGUGGAGCUGGUUUAAAUCCGUCGCGCUUUUCAAACUUUGAUCCACUUUUAGUAUGUACUUCCUAUCAUUUUCGCCGGAACCAAACAUCUCCAUCUAGCUCUGCUGCUUCUACGCAAACUGGACAGACGAAUAGAUCAACUAGUACCCAAGUCUCUACUCAAUCACAGACUGCUACAACUGCGAGUGAGCAAGGUCGUCGUUGUGUAAAUCGAGAUCAGCUACAACAGUAUAUUUUUGCUACUGAACCUAGUUUGAAUGAAAGUUUUGCUCUUGCUGCCAGAAUCAGUACUCCUGAAAAUCCUAUAUCAUUAAGUUGGCUUCUAAGACGACAUGGAAUUCAUAUGGAAUCUACUGAUUCUAAAACAACGUCAAGAGCUCUAAACCUCCUUUACAUGAUUGCCGACGUGCUGUUUGAAAUACCAGUACACACUUGGACGGAAAUAUUGAAUGGAUAUUCUGAACCUUUAGACAAUGCUUUGAUAAAGCUAUGUCAGAUGUUACCAAGUCUUUAUGAUGAAGAAAUAACACCCUCCACUGCAACUCUUAUUGCUGACGAUAUUUGCUCAGUGAUCAGACCACAUUUAAAAAAUGCCUUUGUUUGCCCACGAUGUAAACGUAAUGGAACAGUAAUAAAUAUUGAAGAAGUUUCAAUCAAAUUAAUUCAUAAACAUAUUCGAAAUCUGGUCAUAUUUUUGUCAUCCUCUCCAAGAUCUUCAUCAACAAAUUGUUUGACGCUUCUGAAUGAAUUUGGAACAGAACUGGUUUCGGUUAUACGUUAUGUUCUCAAGGACUUUGUAUUAAUAAUUUCUCGAUUUGCAAGAAGCGUUGCUCUGAAAUGGCGACCAGCACUUCGCAAAUGGAGUAUCCAAAUAGCUGGUAUUUGGUUUUACAGCUAUUCACUAAAAGUACGAUUACUUCCUGAAUCUGAAAUAACUUCUUUACUCGUCAGUGAAACUGACAGUUCUGAACCAGCAGCAACUUCAUCCGAUUCUAUGGGAUCUUCUGAAUCAGCCAUUGAGCCUAUGGAGGUUGAUACUACUUCAGAUGAUCAACCUACAAAUGAUCCAUUAUUAGAUGGUGAAGAAGUACCCACUACAUUCCCUGGCCAUAAUAAUUUAUUGCCUGAUUGGGUACCAAUAAUAGCUAGAGAUGGAGCAAGACAACGUCGGCAAUUACAAUUGGGUUUAGCUGAUAGUAAUUCAACAACAUUCAGUGACGCGUAUUUAUCAACGAUGCCAAGUAAACGACGUAAACUAGUUGAACAAAAAAAGCCAUCAUUGCUCGUUAGCCCUACGCCAAAUCAUUCGGUCAUUUCCGCAUCAAUAGAACGUUUAGUAAGGGAAAGUGUAGAACGUGCUGGAGUUGAAGAAGUAGAUGGUGCAAUUGCAGCUCUUGUUGCAGAACCAACUGUUAGAAGAGCCUUUGGUCUAGCAAUUAGAGAGAGUCUUGUCCCAGGCAGAUUCCAAACUCCUGAUUUUCCAGAUCCUUUACGCUUUCCGAAUGCCACCAAGUUCUUUGCAAAUCCAAGUAGGUCUCCUAAAUAAUCACAUACACUUGAAGUAAUCGAAUAAUGGUUAUGGAUUGAUAAAUAUAUCUUAAUUACUUAUAUCUUCAUUACAAAUACGACACAUGAAUGUCAUUUAUGUAAGUUAAAUGUACUAAGUAAUAUCUA